AUGCGCUCAGACGAUCUGGCAGCACAAACUCGUCACUGCGACGGCUUCGAAACGCCAAUGGAUGUAUCAAAUGAGCAACUGCAACCAUUCACGAUGAACAGGUCUACAGGAAGCGAAGGCUCAGAAGUCCAACACAGCUUCCAUCUGGCGGAUACUAAUAGCAAUGACCUUGAACCACCUAGUGAGUUGGGAGCAAGCGAUCCAGUGACGAUAGAUAUACCCCAGGACUACGAUUGGUAUAGCUUUUCUUUCACAGAGGCUGGUGUUGCGCAAUUCGAUGGUGUUGAACCUUCCUCCCUUUUCCAGCAAGGUUGGCAAAUGUUUGGCUAG